CGCCGGACGCCGGACGCCGGACGCGCCGGAGCCGGAUCGGUCCGCCGCCAACAGGUCCGCGUUCCGGGGUUGGCGCCAGCAUUAUGUUCUUGCCGAGCAAUGUGUAGCAGCUGCCGCUCGCAAGACUCGAUCCCCCGUCCCCGCGCUGGUGUACUAGGCGAUGGCAAAACUCCCGAUAGUUGGUCGCAGUGUGCAUAGUAGGAAACCCAACGAGAGCAUGAGGCUUGUCGUCGUCACGAUCGUCGGGGUGGUCUUUGGUUUCUUCAUCGGAAUCUCCUUCCCAACAGUCAGCAUAACAAAGCUUCACUUCCCUUCUAGCAUUGUUUCCUACAUAGAAGACAAGAACUCUGGACUCACGGCUCAGGCUAUACUGAAUCAUGCCUGGAUUUCUGCUAGAAACGCAAGGGGAAAUGCUACUGAAUCUAGUUCAAACACUACCAUGAAGAUAUAUGUACCAACAAACCCCAGGGGCGCAGAGAUGCUAGCACCUGGCAUCAUUUCAUCAGAGUCUGAUUUGUAUAAGCACAGGCUAUGGGGAGACCCGGCUGAGGACCUACCCUUCAAGCCAAAGUACCUUGUUACUUUCACUGUUGGAAUUGCACAGAAGGACAACAUAAAUAGAGCAGUCCAGAAGUUUUCUGAUGACUUUGCUAUCCUGUUAUUUCACUACGAUGGCCAUGUGACUGAAUGGGAGGAAUUUGAGUGGUCAAAACGAGCGAUUCAUGUUAGUGUUCUGAAACAAGCGAAAUGGUGGUAUGCCAAAAGAUUCUUGCACCCUGAUAUCGUGGCACCCUAUGAGUAUAUAUUUAUCUGGGAUGAGGACCUUGGAGUUGAUCAUUUCAAUGGAGAGGAGUAUAUCAAACUUGUCAAGAAAUAUCAGCUGGAAAUCUCGCAACCUGGUUUGGAGCCAGAUAAGGGAUUGACAUGGCAGAUGACCAAAAGAAGAGGGGAUCGCGAGGUUCACAAGGAUACCGAGGAGAGGCCAGGCUGGUGCACGGAUCCUCAUCUUCCACCAUGUGCCGCUUUUGUUGAAAUUAUGGCUCCGGUUUUCUCCAGAGAUGCAUGGAGAUGUGUAUGGCAUAUGAUUCAGAAUGACUUGGUUCAUGGAUGGGGUCUGGAUUUUGCUCUGAGGAAAUGUGUGGAGCCUGCUCAUGAGAAAAUCGGUGUCGUUGACUCCCAGUGGAUUGUACACCAAGUGGUUCCUUCUCUUGGGAACCAGGGACUGGCGGAGAACGGGAAGGCGCCAUGGGAAGGGGUGCGGGAGCGCUGCCGAAAAGAGUGGGGGAUCUUCCAGACGAGGAUCGCGGAGGCCGACAAGGCGUAUUACGAGAUGAUGGGUGUCACCCCUCCCAACGUAACAUUUGUCCACUAGGUCGCCGUAUAUCGCCCCUGUUAAUCCUCCCUCCCCCCUCUUUUUUGUCAUCUCUAGAGCCCUUAUUGUAGCGAGCUUAGGUGAAUGGUGAUGAUAUUGAUGAUACGUGUAGAGCAAUACAAAGAUAUCAUAUCAUAUCAGGUUAAUUUUGUUGCCUCC